AUGAAAUGGUUCAAGGAAAAACGUCUAGAUGACGGUGUAUUGAGGCAUCCUGCAGAUAGUGAUGAGUGGAAGGAAUUCGAUACACAACAUCCUGAAUUUGCCUUGGAGCCUCGGAAUGUGAGGCUAGGGUUGGCUACUGAUGGUUUCAACCCUUUCGGAAAUAUGAAUAACUCAUAUAGAAUUGAUAUUGAUGUCUACAUGAGACCUUUGGUGGAUGAAUUGAAUGAAUUAUGGAAAAAUGGUGCAUUAACCUAUGAUGCCUCGACUGGUGAGACGUUCUGCAUGCAUGCAGCUUUGAUGUGGAUGAUACAUGAUUGGCCCGCAUUUGGUGACAUUUCUGGAUGGAGAACAAAGGGUCAUUACUCUUGUUACACUUGCAAUGAUGAACCAUAUUUUGAAUCUUUAAGAAGUAAGACUGCGUACAGUAACCAUCGAUGCUACUUGCCUGAUGACCACCUAAAAAGGAAAAAGAAUAGAGCAUAUAAUGGGAAGCAUGAAAAACGGAAGAGAUCUUUGGUGAUACCGAUAGAAAAGAUUGAAGAACAAUUGGGCAGCGUGACGGGUGUCACAUAUGGAAAACAUCCAAGCAAUAGGAAAAGACCUCGUCAGAACCCAAAUUGGACAAAGGUAAGCAUCUUAUAUGAGCUACUGUAUUGGAAGAAAAAGAAGCUUCGACACAACAUUGAUGUCAUGCACGCGGAGAAGAACUUUAGUGAAAAUGUUGUUGGAACUAUGUUGGGAAUUGAUGGGAAGAACAAGGAUACAGAUAAGGCACGAAUGGAUUUAGAAGAUAUGAAUAUAAGGAAAGAAUUGUGGCUGACAAAAAGUCCCGAUGGAUCAUAUGUCAAACCUCGAGGUAGCUUCUCACUGACCCCUAAAGAGAGAGAGGGUUUCUUUGAAUUCUUGAAAUCAGUCAAGUAUCCAGAUGGGUACGCGGCAAACAUUUUGAGAUCAGUGAAUGCAAAAAAUGGGAUUGAAACCGUGCAUAAUCGAGAUGCACGAAAUGAAGAUUAUGGAGUCCGGCGUCAAGGUUUGACAAUAUUCACUGAAACUGCUCGUCCUAUUGGCCAAAUCAGAAAGCAUGUUGAGAUGUCACAGGAACUUCGUGAUAUUACUCAUUGGUUUUUAUUAUACAAUAGCCCUGAGAUAGAGAAGGAACACAAGAAUUUGUUACAAAUUCCCAGUGGACAAGAUAUAACUCAGAUACAACAGAAGGAAUUUCCGAAGUGGUUCAAAGAAUAUAUAAAUAGAUUGAGAGUUGAUGAAGCACUAGAAGCAACCGAAGAAUUGUGGUCAUUAGCGAAUGGUCCUAAUUUGCUAGUGAAAGAGUACUCGGGUUGUAUAAUCAAUGGUGUCAGAUUCCACACGAAGGAAUUAGACAAUCGUCGUAAGAGUCAAAACAGUGGUGUGCUUACCGAAGGGGACUACAAGGGAGAGAUGCACGAAUUCUACGGUCACUUGUGCAAUAUAUGGGAAUUUGAGUACAUGUGCCAAAAUAAAGUUGUUUUGUUUCAAUGUGAAUGGUACAAACACGGUAACACUGGUAGAAGUAGAACAGUAAGAGCUGACACAUAUUGCACAAGCAUCGAUGUCACAAGCCGAUGGUAUCAAUCUGACCAUUUUAUCUUGCCUAGUCAAGCUAAACUAGUGUUCUACCUGAAUGACACCAAAUGGGGGCAACCUUGGCAAGUCGUGCAACAGGUCCAACAUAGGGGUGUGUUUGAUGUACCAGAGGUUGGUGAUGGAGAACCACAGGAUCAACCAGAAUUUAAUGAUGCAUUCCAACAAGAAAACAUUAACUAA